AUGUCGUCUUCAUCAGUCCCGGCGCUCAGCACGCCUCUGACAAAGCUCUUGGGAAUCAAGUACCCCAUCAUGCUGGCCGGGAUGGCACGUACCUCGGGCGGACCCCUGGCCGCGGCCGUGUCCAACGCAGGCGGCAUCGGCACCAUAGGCGGAUUGGGGUAUACGCCUAAGCAGUUGCAGGAGAUCAUCGACGACCUCAAAUCCAACCUGACAGACCCGUCGCUCCCGUUCGGCGUGGACCUGGCGCUCCCGCAGGUCGGGGGCUCGGCGCGCAAGACGAACCACGACUACACGCACGGGCAGCUGGACGAGCUGAUCGAGGUGACGAUCCGGAACGGAGCCAAGAUCUUCGUCAGCGCCGUGGGAGUGCCGCCGGCGCGCACCAUCAAGCGGCUCCACGAGGCGGGCAUCCUGGUCAUGAACAUGGUGGGCGCACCCAAGCACGCCGAGAAGGCGCUCAAGGCCGGCGUCGACAUCGUCUGCGCCCAGGGCACCGAGGGCGGCGGCCACACGGGCGACAUCGCCAACAGCGUCCUGAUCCCCGCCGUGUGCGACGUGGCCAAGAAGUACCGCUCCCCCCUGACCGGUGAGCCCGCGCUGGUCGUCGCGGCCGGCGGCAUCUACGACGGGCGCAGCCUGGCCAGCUCGCUGAUGCAGGGCGCCGUGGGUGUGUGGGUGGGCACGCGGUUCGUGGCGGCCGAGGAGAGUGGCGCCAGCAGGCUGCACAAGGAGGCCGUGGUCAGCGCCGACUUCACCGACACGCUGCGCACGCUGGUCGUCUCGGGCCGGCCGCUGCGCGUGCGCCUCAACGACUAUGUCGCCAAGUGGGAGGCCCAGCCCGAGCGCAUCAAGGAGCUGACCCAACGGGGGAUCGUGCCCAUGGCCUACGACCUCGAGCAGGAGGCCGAGAUCGACAUGCCCUUCCUCAUGGGCCAGGUCAGCGCCAUCAUCAAGGACAUCAAGCCCGCCAGGCAAAUCGUCGAGGAGAUGGUCACCCAGGCCGUCGACAUGUUGAAGCUCGGCGGCACCUAUAUCGAGGCAGCGCCAAGGAGUAAAUUGUGA